AUGGACCACCACGAACUGGAAAAGCAUUGUUAGCUCGUGCAGUUGCUCAUCACACUGAGUGCACAUUUAUUCGAGUUUCCGGCUCCGAGUUGGUGCAGAAGUUUAUUGGAGAAUAAACACGAAUGGUAAGUGGAUCGACAUAAUAAUCUUUACAUUUACAAUGCUUUCAGAUGCAUGAACUUUUCGUGAUGGCUCGUGAGCAUGCUCCAUCGAUCAUUUUCAUGGAUUAAAUCGAUCCAAUCGGACCAAGCAUAGUUAAAGAAUCUAGUGGAGGAGAUUCGGAAGUUCAGAGAGCUAUGCUCGAGCUUAUCAAUCAACUCGAUGGAUUUGUGGAUUUCAUGUGGAAUUGCAAGUGGAGUGAGGCUAAAAUUGAAAAUUACUUUCAUCAACCAUUUUCUUCACAACUUACUCACUGA